AUGGCAAACGCUUCGGAAUUCAUGUCGGAAAUGUUAACAUUCCUUUACUAUUGCCCGGAGGUCUUGGUGGAGGGAAAAGGGUCGAUGCGGUUCCUCGAGGACUUGACCGCGCAUCCAAGCAAUCGUGAUGGCAACGGAGACGUGUGCUGCGAGGUACCAAGAGAGGCCUUCGACGGGAAAGAUAACCCCGAAACCAAGUUUGGCGCCAUAUGUCUGCAAUCGUUCUUCCGGCUGGUCGCGAACGUCAAGAUCGACGCUGGCGUCAAGGUGUCGUACAAAUAUCGGUCGCCCACCGUCAGUCACCUCGUUGUCCUAGGCCCAGACAGAUUCCAAAUGUGCACGUGCUUGCAGGUCAUGAGGCGGGGGUGGCAGUGUAGGCACGUCCUCGCGGCGCUCGUUAGGUCGAAUCGCGAUUCCGAGUUCGCCGGGGCAUCCAUCCACCCACGGUGGCGUCCAAGGAGUGCUGAGCCGUGGAGUCUAGAAAGAGUAGCGCUGGACUAG